CAAAUUUGAACUGAGAUGCGUCAGUAUUGCCGACACCAUACCGCGACAGGAGGGAAAAAAGAGACCAAGCGAUUGGUCGAAAAUUUCAAUCCGCGUUGCUUGACAACACAAACGUCCGUUUCGGCAGGGACUGCACUGGUCAGUGGAAACAAUUUUAGCAUGGCGGAUCCAGAGGGCGAUGUAACCCCAAAGGAAGCAGAGAGUGCAAAAGCAGAUGAAAAGGAAGUUGAUACUAAAGAUGGAGCAGCAAAGACACCUGAAAAGUCAGGCACUCCAGCCAAAGCAAAGAGAGAGAAGACUUCAUCAUCCAAGCCAGCCAAAAAGGGUGGAAAAGGGGGAGCUAAGUCCAAGGCAGAGGAGACACCAAAAACACCAGAGCCUGAAGGUGGUGGAGAUGAACUACCUCCCAAGGCGAAGCCCUUGUUCAUGGCUACCAAAACUCAAGAACUGUUCAAGUGUGUUUGCGGUGAGGAUGUCACAGAGGAGAACCCAAUCAAGCUCAUCACUAAGGAGGAAAUAAUACAAGACAUGAAGACAAGGGCAGCUGUCUCUGAUUUCUCUCCCUUUAAACAAGACAUUCUGGAUUAUGAUGGUGAAGAGAUAAUGGUUGUGUUCGAUGCAGAAUUCAAGUAUGGUGAGAACUUUGUCAUUGCACUGACGGAGGAAGCGAAGGAAAAACUCAACAGAAAGUUCAAUCCUUCAGCCAUAGAGGAAGCUGAAGAAGGAGGAGGGGAGGAUGGAGAGGGAGAAGGCGGAGUACAAGAAGAGGAAGAUACGACUAUCUAUCGGUACAUUCCUCCAGAACCUAAGGAAUGGAUCUCUCUUGGUAGUGAGAAGGAGAUAGAAGAGGAGGCUGUGGUCGAGACAAGAGAUAAGCUCUCAUUCACCAUCCAGCGUGUGAGGCGUGACUUUGGCGCCCCCGUUAAGUUUUCCGAUCGUGGCCCUGAUGAUGUCAAAGAUGGUUACAUUGAAUGCACAUCUUACGAAGACAAGAGUUACAACCUGAAGAAGGUGGAGCUAGACAUAUCUGUGCAAGCUAUACCAACGUACACUGACAACUCUACGCAAACAGACUGGAAGCACCCCUGUAACAAUGCAACCCAGUAUGCAUCCCGUGAGUUCAGUGAAGAAGAACGCUCCAAGAUACUAGCCUCCAAAGAACUACUAGACUUCAUCCAGAAAGUAGAGCCAAGAUUUGACCUUGCCUUACAACAGAAUGAAAUCAUGGAUGUGUUCUUGGAUGAUUGGAGGGAAUUGGCCAGUGAAGAUAAUACAUUUGGAAGCAAGUCAGACAAUUACCUCAAGGAGUACCAGUCUUUCACCGAUCUCCAGUUCAGCAAAGACAAGGUGUUGACGGCCGUAGAGUGGCACCCGACGAUCAAAGGGGUCAUCGCCGUGGCCUGCGCCGAGAGAAUGACCUUUGAUGACCGGGUAGAAAACUCCUCCAAGAUCAUUAUGAACCCCUCCCUCAUACUGCUAUGGAGUUUCACUGACCCCAUCCAUCCACAGGUGCUUCUCGAGGCUCCAGACGACAUCUUCUGCUUCAAGUUCAACCCUUCUGAUCCAAACAUCAUCACCGCUGGCUGCAUCAAUGGUCAGGUGGUCAUGUGGGACAUCAGUAAGCAUGUUGACCGUCUCCGUAGCAACCAACGAGGUAAACAGACCAAGAAGAACAGUAUGAUGAACCUGCGAUACGGUAGAGGGAGAGAUAAGCCUGGAUUUGAGGAUGAGAAUGCCGAUAAGACACCAGUGGUGCGGUACUGUGCAGUGUCAGCUAUUGAACACAGCCAUAAGACAGCUAUCUGUGAUAUUCAGUGGGUACCAGACCAUAUGGAGAUUACUCGGAUGGGGCUAGUUUGUGAAAACAAGCAGCAACAAUGUCAUCAGAUCUUAACUGCUGCCACUGACGGGUACGUAGCCAUCUGGGAUACCCGUCCUCCUAAGGGUCAGACCCCAACCAUUGAUAACGCCAAGCAUGAUAAUCCACUGGGCGUGGCUACAACCUUCAAGCAUCUUGAUCUAACAUGGAAACCAGUUAUCAAGAUACCUAUAAAUCGAAUUGAAGGCAGCGGGGAUUACUGCCCAACCAGAGUCAGCUUACAGGAGAGACAAGGAGAUAGAAGUGUUUUGGAGAAACAGCCCAGGAAUGAAUUAGACAAGAAGGAUAGCAAUCUAGGUGGGCUUGGGAUGUCUCUGAGAGGGGGCUCAGCCAAGGAAAAGAGACCGCUAGAAGGAGCUACAACUAAGUUUUUUGUUGGCACACAGGAAGGUGAAUUGGUGUAUGCUGACUGGAAGCUAGAGAAGGACACCGAUUCUGGACGGCUCCAGCCUCCCAAGCCACAGUUUGCCACCCAGGUCCAUGACAAGGGCAUCGAAGCACUCCAGAGGUCACCUUUCUUCAAGGAUGUUUUACUCUUAGUCGGAGGCUGGACCUUCUCGCUCUGGAAGGAAGGCAAGGAGUUUGGUCCCCUCUUGACCUCAAAUGCCGCUGCCAAGCCUCUGACCACCGCCUACUGGUCACCCACCCGACCGGCUGUCUUCUACAUCGGUACGGCAGAAGGCAAUGUUGAUGUCUGGGAUCUCCUGGACAAGACUCAUGAACCCUCUCUCUCUCAGAACAUUUCAGCAGCUGGAAUCACCAAUAUCUACCCGUGGGUAGUGUCAGGCAAGCAGCAGCUAUUGGCAGUCACUGAUAAGAUUGGUACUCUUCACAUCCUAGAGGUUCCUUGGACUCUUAGAAACCCAACCCCUAAUGAGUUGUCGAGUUUCACCCAUUACGUGGACCGAGAGGUGCAGAGAUUGGAAUAUCAGGAAGGCAGGACCAACUUUCACAUUGAUAACAAGAGGAAACUGGAUCAGGAGGAAGCUCAGAAAAAGAUGGCACAACCCCCUGAGCCAAGUACAGAGGAGGUGGAAAGCAAACAGAGGAUUGAGUUCCUGGACUUCAAGGAAGAUGAGAAAAAGUUUCUGGAAGAUCUUGGUCUCUUGGUACAGGAAGAGGAACCUCUCCCUGAGGUCUAAUUAUCUCACCAAGUCUGUGUUUGAUUUCCCUACUCCGCUUAUACUAAAAAUAAUAGACCAAAAUACAUGUAUUUGGUCUCAUCAAUUGGGGGGGGGGAAACAAUAUUCAUAUUCAUUUAUAUAGCGCUUAACACAUCAGAAUGACAUCUCUAAGUGCUUUUCAGAUAUAUCAUUUUCUCAGUCAUCAGAUCCUUGCAUGCCCGCAUACAAUGUAUGCACCUUCUCCACUCCCUGGGGAGCAUUCCAACAAGAGUUCCUGGACUUAAUUGCUUGGCAUACUACAUUAGGCUUUCGCAAGGUUAAGCUUGAAGUGAUUGAGUUUAAACCUGUUGUAUAACUAUGGAGGUAACAAAAAUCCGUAAUAUUGAAAAUCAGAAGCACCUUCUGUGAAUGAAACACCAUAUUUUCUCAGGGGAGUAUUUCAUGAAAGGACUUUUCAGAUGUUUUAUCUGACAAAUCCCAUUUUAUCCGACAGUUGCCAUAGUAACAGUGCUUCUCAGCCAAUCAAGAUCAAGGAAAGUUGUCAGAUCUGACAACUUUUUGGACAAGAAUAUUACAGCAAAAUAGAUGAAGUGACAGUUUAUUUAAACCACCAUUUUUUUUCCAGGGGGGGGGGUGAUUUAUAUCCUGUUUCAUAAAAGCUUAAUACAUGUACAUAUGGACAGCAUAUCUAAGUGCUUUACAGACAUCCCUAGUCCUUAGAUGGCAUACCCUCACACAUAGUAUACGCACUUUCUCCACUCCCUGUUGAUUAUUUCAGAAAGAGUUUCCAAACUAAGUUAAUGGGAAUGUUACAUUGGAUUUGCAUCCUGCCAGGUGCUCAUUUAACACCUGGGUGGAGAGUGGCAACAUAUGGAUUGAUGCCUUGCCUUAGUAUACAAAUUUUAUGUUGAGAUUUAUACAUGCAAACUCCUGAUUGCAAGGUGAGAGUCAGAACUACUACAUCACAAUGCUUUUUGUAGUACCUUAUCUAGAGUGAUAGAAAGUUGGAGAGGAAAUUGCUCUCAUGCUUUGACUAAUUUAGUUUUGGUACGGUAAUGAGAAGCAUUUAUUCCGUUCACGUGAGAUAUGAGCACCUAUCCAUCUUUUUUGUUUCCUGAAUAAUUACAUUGUGAAACAAUUAGAAGCAAAUCAAAGGCUGACAGACCUUUGUCAAACAAGAUAAAUAUGCUUUAUAUUGGGGGAGCGUUUUAUGAAAAGAUUUGUCGGUGACAUUCACUAAUGAAAUGUUAUCAGCUACUGACAAAUUCUUGCUGAGAGCAAAUUGUUCAGUAAAAAUCAUUGAUAACAUCAUAGUGUAUGAUUUCAAGUAUGGUGUUGUAUGCUGGUGAUGGUUAGCAAUACCAACCAUCAUGCAGCUUACUUAAAGGACAAGUCCACCCCGACAAAAACUU